AUGAAAGUCAUUUCAACGAAUCCCUACGAAACCAGGUGUCUCGGAUCGUUUGAGGAAUCGUCUCUUUUAGUGUCACCGGCGGUGAUCAACGGUGUGACCGGACGUCACUCUCCGGGUACGUGGCUCACACGAAAAUGUGAGAUUUCAGCCAGAUUUGCCUAUCAAACGGUCGCCACUCGGUUUGACCCAUAUGUACCGAGAAGGUUCUCGACGCAGGAUGUCUCGACGCCCCGACGCUGCCUCCCCACUGCUGGAUCAUCGAUGGACAACGUGGGACCACCCUCGGAGUACCAGGUAAGUAGAUAACGGAUACGUUUAAUUAAUCGGUCAAUUUCUGUUUCAGGUAUUUCACCCGA